GCCCUCGCUAGCCCUUUCUCCGCGCUCCGCUGCACCACCCGGUGCGUACUAAGAAGCUUACUGACCGCGCCGGGGCUCUGGGGCGCGGGGGCGGUCCCUCGGCAGGGCCCGCCCCGCGAGCUGCCGGCUCCGCCCUCGCUUCUCCUGAUCCCGGUGCGGCUGCUUCCGGGCUCGGCGGCUCCCGGCGGCUUCUCGAGGCCGCGGCCCAGACGUUGGGCCGGGGAGGGGCCGCUGCGCACAGCGCCCGGACGCUUGGGUUCACAGACAGGCCCACGCUUUGCCCCCGUGACCGGGAUCUCCGAGGACACCCCCGGCCCGAUCUUGCAGAAGGCCGCGUCUCAGCUGCGUGCUCGGGGGCGAAUCGCGGCAACUUGCAGGGUCCAUAGGCCCCAAAUCAAGGAGGAACGCUGCUGCUGGCUGGAGUUUGCUGGACACCACCACCACCACUCCCAGACAAGGAGACUUCCUAUUCCUUGAGCUACCUUAGGGCAACAGUUCAAGACUCCCCAGAUCCAGGAGCACUUAGGACCCGAGGCCACUUUCCUACCUUCCUUCUCGGAUGGAGCACCGCCUACCCAGUUUCUGGGGCAUCUGGGGGCGUGGCUUUGGUGAGUGAAACUUGGGGUGCUGCCUGCUGGGAAGGAAACCCAGAAACAUAGGGAAGACACGUUUUCAGGGUGACCCAGGCCUUCUCUGAUCCCGAGACUUUUGGAAUCGUGUGUGUUGAGGGAUUGUGAAUGAAUUUGGGUAUACCUCCCUUCUUUACCCUAAAAUUGAAAAAGAAACUAGCAACCGCUGCCAGACUCAAGUCUGUAUGACCACCUGGGGAAGUGGAGAACCACUUCUGAAUUCAGAGUAGGACGGCCUCACCAAACGGACACCUGUUCUUCGGAGCCUGAACCGACUCUGACUUGCUUCUGAGGAGACCCUCGGCCCUCAAACCUGAGAGUCUGAGCAGUUUAAGGAAGGAGGCUCAUUAACUUAAAAUUUGGGGGCUCAUUACGCAUCCCAACCAUGUUCUUGCGGCGGCUUGGUGGCUGGUUACCUCGCCCCUGGGGCCGCCGGAAACCAACGAGGCCUGACGUGCCUGCCCCAGAACCCAGACAGGUGGAUAGCUCCUCAGAGAAUUCAGGGAGUGACUGGGACAGUGCCCCAGAAACCAUGGAAGAUGUGGAGCCUCUCAAAGCCAAGGACUCAGGGGCACAGAGGAGCUCUGGGGCUGCCCCAGAACCAAAGAGGGAACCCUCAGUUGAGCAACUGGGGAGCAAAAGAAUCGAUUCCCUCAAACAGAAAAAGGCUGUCACUGGCACUGAAGAGUUUGGGGGACUGGACACCAAAAGGGCCAUUCCCAACCUGGGAUGGGAUUCUGUAGACUCUGGUGGCUUCAGGAGACCCAUGGUGCCCCCUGAAGGGGCCCUGAGGCCCCCUGGCCCUGAAGUCCCAGUGGAGAAGCCAGGCCGGCAUCAGAAGCUGCUGGGCUGGCUGUGGGGGGAGCCAGGAGGUGGAGCAGGAGAUCCCUCUCUGUACCUGGGGGGCCCAGAGGAGCGUCUUCAGAUCUCCACCAACCUGACCCUGCAUCUGCUAGAGUUGCUGGCCUCGGCCCUGUUGGGGUUGUGCUCAAGGCCGCUGCGGGCAGCCUUGGACGCGUUGGGCCUACGCGGGCCACUGGGUCUCUGGCUGCAUGGGCUUCUGUCCUUCCUGGCUGCCCUGCAUGGGCUCCAUGCUGUGCUGAGCCUACUUACCGCCCACCCCCUGCACUUUGCCUGUCUCUUUGGCCUCUUGCAGGCCCUGGUGCUGGCUGUCAGCCUCCGGGAGCCCAGUGGAGAUGAGCCGGCCACUGACUGGGAGGGUGAGAGAUCAGGGAGGGCAGAGGAGGAGCAGAGGGGAGACCUGGGAAAGGGGCUGUGAACGUGGGGUGGGGUGGGGGC